GCAGACGAUCCGCGGACAUGUCGCACUCGUCCGCCUCACGGCCCAUCUCGGUGUCCAUUGUUGGCGCUGCAGGGCUCAUCGGUCGUCGCCACGUGCAGCAUGUCCUGGACGAUGCCGGUUUCACACUGACCUCCAUAGUGGAUCCCACCCCGGGAGGCGUCGAGCUCGCCAAAGAGCUUGGGGUAUCGUACUUCGCCGACAUUGCCGCGCUAUUGGGCCCACCUCCGAGGUCGGAGACGACUGCGUCCUCACUACCUCAGGCUGCGAUCAUAGCGACGCCUUCGGCCUUGCACAUCUCCCAGGCGAUUCUCUUUGUCGAGCGGGGGAUCCAUGUGCUCAUCGAGAAACCGCUGUGCAACUCGUCAGAGGAAGCUGUAAAGCUGCUCGAAGUCUCACGGAGAGAGGGCGCUGGCACGAUCUUGGUCGGCUUCCACCGUCGCUUCAACCCUUACAUCAUCCAGCUGCGCAAGUUCCUCUACGGUCACCAUCUCUCGCCACCCGACACAGAUGCCUCGGCCGUCGGAAGGGUCGUCGCAUUCCACGGCUUUUGGUGCACGCGCAAACCCGCGUCCUAUUUCGAAGAGGCACCGUGGCGCAUGUCAAAGCUACAAGGCGGGGGAGUGGUCAUGACCAACAUGAGCCACGAGCUGGACCUCAUGCGCUUCUUGUUUGGAGAGAUCGAUCGAGUCUACGCCGAAGAGGGCAAGAGGACCCGGGCGCACGACGUCGAAGAAACAGUCUCGAUCACAAUCCACUUCGUGGAUGGUACCGUGGGGACUUUCCUCUUGUCCGAUGUCGGACUAUCGCCCCACUCGUUCGAAAGUGCGACGGGAGAGAAUCCAAAGCUUGCUCGACACCACGAGCCGAUCUAUACAAUCAUCGGCACCGAGGGUACUGUCACGUUUCCCGAUCUGACACACUGGUCCGCGGUCGGCGGUGAAGGCGACUGGACGAAGGCUCUCCAGAAACGGGCUUCGUCUCUGGCUCUUCCCUUUGACGCAGACUUCGCUACCGAGAAGGGCCCCAAUGCGCCCUUCUCUGUCCGACUCCAGCACUGGCACCGGGCCCUGCAAGGGAAAGAAGCUCUCGGGUGCACUCUGCAGGACGGCAUAGUCAACAUGAACCUCCUCGACGCUAUACGUGAGAGCAUGGCGACCGGCAAGCCUAUUCACAUCGGCCUCUAGUCUGCACACCCUCAAAACUAAGAGAAGACGUGAAGCCGAGGUAUAUUGCUUACGAGCGACCGCUGAAUGCGUGGUAGAUGUCGGGAAGCACAGAGGCCAGGCGUCAGCCACUUGCUCGACGGGCAGCACCUGGCCCAGCACAGGAAUCGUGAGCGUGACAUUGUUGCCGAGGAAGUAGCGACUGCGAAGCUCGAGACCAGAGCCCGUGUCGUACCAGAGGUGAAUCAUGUCGACCGCCUU